AUGGUCAACCUCGACAACGCCAUCCUUCCCGCUAUUGGUCUCAUCUCUGCCACUAUCGCAGAGUUCAACGCCUUCCCGUUCUCGCCAGGCUUCGACAUUAAAAAAGUCGCUGCCCAAGCGGUCGCCCUCCCCACCCACUCCUGGGAAUACGGAACAACAACUCAAGCCCUACUCGAGCUGUAUAACCCGGAACUCUCGGUAUUCGGACAGUCGCCCUUCCCGGUGCCCUCGGUCGACGUCAACGACAUUCGUGCGUUGGGCUAUGUAGCGAAGAGCGUUCGAUUCGGAAAUGGCUACGCUGCGCUGGACAGGGGAAACGGCGCUGCCGGUGACCCCGCAAGCAUGGGCGUUGGCGCCCUGAUGGUCGGAAAAACCAAUGCGACGUUCGCCAAGGCCGCCGACGACACUAUCAAAGGCCUCCUAGAGGAUGUUCCCCGUUACUGGAACGGCGCCAUCUCCCAUCGUGCCAACACGGCUGAGCUUUGGGCCGACUUCAUGUAUAUGGUCCCUCCCUACCUUGCGUACUACGCCGCCGACAAAGAAGACGAAGGAUUGCUCCGCGAGAGCGUUCGCCAAUGCCAACUGUACCGAGAUAUCCUCCAAUCCGACACCAAUGAGGCGUACAAAGGAGCAUGGAGGCACAUCAUCGGCCCAGAGAGCCAAGACACCGGCCUCUGGUCGACGGGCAACGCCUGGGCUGCAGCUGGAAUGACGCGCGUCCUUGCGACCGUCAACAAGUCCUCCUUCGUCACCAACUCCACCUGGCGCGCACAGGCGACGAACAACCUCACGCGCUACAUCAAGGAAAUCGUCGACGGCGCGCGGGGCUCUAACCAGCAGGACGGCCUCCUCCGCAACUAUUGGAACGACCGCAACACGCAAGGGCACGGCUUCGGCGAGAUCUCCGGAAGCAGCCUCCUUGCUGCUGUCGUUUACCGCAUGGCCGUCCUCCAGCCCGAGGUGUUCACCGCGUCGUACGUGCAGUGGGCGGACGACCUCCGCACGACGCUCGCUGGGAACGACGCUAACGGCAACCCGCACAUCACGAGCACUGGCAUCGCAACCCCCGCCGUCAACCCGCUUGGAUGGCUCGACACUCGCCCAUUCACCAAGGGCAGCCCUGAAGGCAACGCGUUCGUUGUCCUGAUGUACGCUGGCUGGAGGGACUGCGUCAAGGCGGGCAAGUGCAGUGCGACAAGCACAGGCGCGGGCUCCGCUGAGGCGCUCGUUGCGGCUGCUGCUGCCGUCGACAGUCUCGCCGAGACCAACGCGAAGCGCGAAAUCAGCCCCAGCUAUAUCCACCGUGCGGCGCGCAGGCACCUUGGAACCACCCACCACUCGACGAACUAA